AUGUCCGCUCCGGAACUGUCGUGGCAAGUGGUCCGGGACAUUGGAGUGCACCGGUUUCGGUUCGGUCAUGUGGGCGGUGCCAUUGACAGUUUCACCGAAGCGGCACCAAGGCUCAGUGAAGACGAUGAGUCGGUGCUGGUGUUGAAGGCAAAAGCACAGCUAGCGUACUCCGAACCCAACCCAGCACUGGAAACGAUUCGAAGAGCCCGAAAAUAUCCCGGAAAUUUGCUGCACUGCCGGGCAUUGUACGACACUGGCGAUCUCGAGGGGCAUCUGGUCGCGUCCGCAAACGGGCAGCGUGGCCAGCGCCCAGCAGGAGGACACCGUCAGCAAAACUUUACGGCCGAAGUGGAUCUCGGCCUGUCCACAUUCGAUUGUGCGUUGGGUGAGCGAGCGGGGACAUCACUGCUCGAGUACCGGCAUCGCUUUCCGGAGAUUGCCGCUGAGCGGCAGGAACUGCGCAAACGGUCGGUAGAUCGACCCCGCUGGAAGGUACUGGCUGAGGCCGGCGAGUGCGAUGUGAUCAGUGUGCUUGAGACGGUCCGUAAGGAGCCACCGCUACGGGAACAAGUGCGACGCAAGAAAAACAAGCGAAUUCUCGGCCAAAUCCACCUGGGACGUGGAUGGGAAGAUUGGAUGUUUAUCGAGGAGUUGUUACCCACGGGACGGUACGGGUCGGUUGUUCGAUUGCCACAAGCGAAGCCUAGCUCCCAAGCUAUGCACCAGCUGGUGGACGAAUGCUACACGAAAGUGUCGGCGCAGGUUCGGCUUUCGCAGGCCUGCUUUCCGAUGUACAGCCAGCGGCAUGGUCGUUUUGGACCACAAUCAAACCACCGGCGUGAGCUCGGUGAAAUUGACGAGCUUCUUAAGUUCCGGUACCGUGCGUACCGUGCCGUGUACAAUCAGUUCGAUCGUAUGUACGCGUUACGCGAGCAGGGCAAGACAACCGAACUGCUUCGCUACGGUGGAGAUAUUUUGAACGAAUUCUACAAAACCACAACCGUCCGGGUACUGCCCGAGAAGGGUAAAGUGGUGCGCGAACUGUGCAAUUUGAUUGGAUUGUCCGUGUUGGAUGGGUUGCGUAUUCCUCCGGGUCUAAUGGAUGUGCUACCGGAACAUCGCUUACUACUGCUGUUUGCUGUGCCGCCGGCCAAGGAAGCGAAGAUUAUAGUGCCCGUGUUUGGUGACAUUUCCACUUACCGAGACCCUACCGAACCGGAUCACGAUUAUUUACGCUACAAGGGCAAGAUUGCGGAACUGGAGCGCCGUUAUCAGCGUGUUCAGUUUUCGAUCGAGCGUUGCCUUAUCGACUACCAGAUGGCAAUGCAGCAUCUGCUGAACGGUUGGCUGGACGACGUUAAGGUGAUGGGUAAUCGGAUGAUCGACGAAGCGAUCGGUUGCGGUAGCCACUUGUGGCAACUCAUCGGACAGCUUACCAUCGCCAAAGCCUUGUGUGCUCAGCAUAAUCUCGAGCAGCUGGCCGUGCAGUUACGGGCAGCGGCCAAAACCGUGCAGGCCCGUCUGCCGGACGAGCGGAUUGCAUUUUUCAUUGAAGUAUCGCAGAAGCUCAACUGGGAUUUGCUAAUGAAAAAGCAAGGCCAAUCGCUCGUGUUGGAACGUACGCUGCUGGUUUAG